AUGUGGCAAGCGCAUACAGCUACGGAGUUUCUCUUGUAUCUGGUUUCAACCAGCGGCAUUCUCCUUGUCUGCUACGUCGUCACCCUGGUCAUCUAUAGGCUAUACUUCCAUCCGCUAGCCAAAUUCCCUGGGCCCAAGCUAAACGCGAUCAGCUCAUUGCCGUCCAUCUACUUGCUGUUGCGAGGCCGAUUACCGCUCGUGAACAAGCAACUCCAUGACAAGUAUGGCUCGGUGGUUCGGGUGUCGCCGAAUGAGCUUUCCUUUAACUCCGCUCCAGCAUGGGACGGCAUCUACGGCUUCAAGACCAAUGGACGGAAGAACAUGCACAAGGACCCAAUCCAUGUGGGGUCCGUCGACCCCUUGCCCGGGGCUUCCACCUUGACGAUGUCGGAUGACGCCAACCACACCAGACAGAGGCGCGCUCUGGCGCACUCAUUUUCCGAGAGAGCAUUGAAAGAGCAAGAGUACAUAAUCCAACAUCAUGUGGACAGUCUCAUCAAAAAUUUCAAGCGGAUGGCCGGGACGGGGGAAGAACUCAACCUGGUGAACUGGCUGAAUUUCACCACCUUCGACAUAAUCGGCGACCUUGCAUUUGGUGAGCCGUUUGGUUGCCUGGAUCUGGGCGCGUUCCAUUCGUGGGUUGCCUUAAUCUACGAAACGGUGAAAGUAGGAGCGCUGGAACAGGCAACCCGGCGCUUCGCCGAGGCGGGCUCGUGGUUGCAGACGAUGCUGCUAAACCUGAUCCCAAAUGACGUUAGAAAAAAGCGACGGGAUCAUCUCACAUUCAGCCGCAAUAAGGUUCUGCGGCGCCUACAGAACGAGCACACCGAGCAUAGGGACUUCAUCUACUACAUCCUGAAGCAGAGGGAUAAGUAUGACCUCCACGAAAACGAGAUCAUCCUGAAUGGGGCGUUGUUCAUCGUCGCAGGCAGUGAGACGACCGCCAACCUUCUCUCUGGGCUGUUUGCACGAUUGCUUAGGACCCCCAGCAAGUGCCAACAGCUCUGCGCAGAGGUCCGGUCCGCCUUCCAGUCCGAAGCCGAGAUCACAUACCAGCGGACCAGCCAACUUCCGUACCUCAACGCGUGCCUGGAAGAAGGUCUUCGAAUCCACCCCCCGGUUCCAACGGGGCUUUUGCGUACAGUUCCCGCGGGGGGCGACAUAAUCGAUGGUCACUGGGUUCCUGGAGGCACGUCAGUCUCUGUCAGCUCGUGGGCUGCAUCGCAUAACCCGGCAAAUUUCCAGGAAUGCGAUUCAUUCAUCCCGGAACGGUGGAUUGGCGACGGCUUCGCAGCCGAUAUUAAGAGCGGUAUGCAGCCGUUUUCCCUCGGCCCGCGGGGAUGCAUCGGUAAAAGCCUGUCCUACAUGGAGAUGAGAGUCAUUCUGGCUCGAGUCGUGUGGAACUUCGACGUGAUUAGUACUGACGGUGCAUGGCAAUGGGACCCCGAGGGCGAGAUGAAGCACAUGAAGGCCUAUAACACAUGGCAGAAACCAGAUCUCAACGUCAAAUUGGUGAAAGUUUAG